UACUUUGAGACCUCGCUAUUAUUUAUACUCAUCCCACCCUCUUGAUCCACAUUCCUUUCUUUAUUACUCCUUCCUUUGACUUGUGUCUCUCCUAAUCCAAACCUCCCUAACUUUCUCUCUCUCUCUAUCUCUUCUUUUCGAUCCCUCUAGAAGAACUCAAUCAAUCAUGAGAUUUCUCAGAAGCAUAAACACUACAGCUUCAUCUUCAGCAUCGUCAUCACUGGCGCCUGAAGAUAGAGAAGCCAAAGAUUUCGACUUCGUCGUUAUCCUCGCAGCUCUUCUCUGUGCUUUAAUCUGCGUUCUCGGCCUCGUUGCUGUCGCAAAAUGCGCGUGGCUCCGGAGAUUUUCAGGUGCUGGUAGUGCUCCGGCGAAUAAAGGCUUAAAAAAGAAGGUUUUGAAAGCGCUUCCUAAAGUCGCCUAUUCCGUCGAUCAACACGCCGGAAAACUCUCUGAUGACUGUGCGAUUUGUUUGUCGGAUUUUACCGCCGGCGAAGAGAUCAGAGUUUUACCGCAGUGCGGCCAUGGUUUUCACGUGUUGUGUAUUGACACGUGGCUUGGAUCUCACUCCUCUUGUCCUUCUUGCCGUCAGAUCCUCGCUGUUAGGUGCCAUAAAUGUGGUGGCGGUUUGCCGGACUCAUCCUCCGGAGCUCCGACUGGUCAAGUCACUUAUAGUAACAAUAAUAAUCAUAAUAACAGUAAUGUUCAUAAUCAUAAUGCUUUCUUACCUUAGCAAACGUUUAUUUUUUUUCUUUCACUUUUUUUGUUUGAAUUUUAUUUUUCUCUUUUCGCUGGAGUACAUAAAACUGUUGUUGUAGUGUAGUAUAGAAGUAGUAUAAAUAUGGAUAGAAUUAUUAAGACAGAAUUUAUAAUGUCAUAACUCUUAAGUCAAAUUAUGGAAUUUGCUUUUUAAUUUUA